AUGAGACAAUCUGUGUCUUUUAAGGAAACAACUUAAUUGUAAUUGUAAAUCAGCACCUUAUAAUAAGAAAUAUAGAUUUUAACUUAAGAAAAUCAAAGUCUUAAAUAAUAGUUGGUAACUUUGUAAAAAUAAAUAACUAUUAUAAAAUAAUCAGAAGAUGGAUUACAAUAGAAAGUGAUAGAAUAUGAAAAAUUAUUAUAAGAGUAGACUAUGUAAACUUAAAAAUUUCAAUAACUUCUUAUAUAGGUAUAAAAAACGCCAAAUUAAUAAUAAUAAUUGAUUUUAUAGUUAGUUGAGGAAAAAGAUAAAUUAUUAGAUGAGUUUAAGGAGAAAAAUUGGAUUUAUAAAAAGACAAUUAAUAGUUAUGAAUCAAUGAUGGGAUAAGUGAAGAUCUUAUAUUCAGAGAAGAAAGAAAAAAGACCAGUUAUUUUAGGAUUAAUGGAGGGAUUAAUGUCAUAAUAAUAUUAAAUAAAGAAUUGGAAAUAGAAUCCAAAGAUUAAGUAUGAAAUUUAAGAGUUUGAAAUAAUGGAAAUUAAAAUUGGAAAACAUAUGAAUAAAAUUUUGGAUAAGAAAUUAUUUUUCUUAGCACAUGAAGGAUUAUAAAUUGAUAGUAUUGGGAAAAUAAUAGGAUAGAUUUCACUUGAGCCAAAUGUGGAAGGCGAUUUACAAGUAGGAUAUAUAAUAGAAAUAUAAAAUGCUGAUGAUGAAUCUUUGAAAUCUAAAUUUUUAUUAAGAAGAGAAUUAAAAUAAGGAAAAUUAAGUUAAGGAUAUUUAAAGAAAACAGAGGCUGUAUAAUAAUCAUUAAAUAAUAUGAUUUGUUAAGCAUUAUUUGAGAGAUUUACAAAAAGAUAAGAAAGUUAAGGAUAUGAAGAGUUUAACAUAUUUCGUAUCUAAAGAUAAUUUGUUUUGAAAUCUUUAAGUAAUUUUGUAAUUAAUAAUUAGAAACUAAUUAUUUUUAUUAUUGUGAAAUGAUAGAAGAAGGAGAAUUCUAAAAGUUUAAUGGAGGAAAUAUGGAACCAAUUAUAAAUUUAGAUUUGGAAGAUUUUAUAAAUUUUUUCAUUUUUGAUUCAUUUUAAGAUAUAAAUGAGGAAUUAGUAGUAAGUCAUUUGUAAAGAGUGGGCUAUUAUUUUCAUGAUAUGAUAGUAUCAACAUUAAUAGGAGUGUUCUCUUAAUAUGACUAAGGUAAGUAGGAGGUAAUGUAAACAAUAAAAAAUUUAGAAAAAGCUUUAGGAUUUGCAUCAAUGACUCUUCAUUGAUAUAAAAUAAUUAUAUUA